AUGAAGCCGUCGCCUGCUUUAUCGCCGUCUCUGGUAUAUUCUGCUCCCAUGGCUGGCGGCAGCUGGUCUCAUCUGCCGCUUGAUCUCUUCUCCCUCAUCUUCUCCAAACUCUCCCUUCCUCAAUUUCUCCGGUCGGCCGCCGUCUGUGCUUCGUGGUCGGCUGCAGUCGGCGAUCUGUCCGCGCGCGGCAGAUGCGUUAUGUUCCGCGGGCAGAGCCACUGGCUCGUGCUUAACAACGACGACAAUCGAUCCGCCGUCGUCACCUUCUACGCCUUGGACGAGGCAAGGGAGUACACCAUCCCCGUCCCGGACCCUCCCAUAAGCGACCGAAUCUUCCUCGGCUCUGCUCACGGUUGGAUCAUCACGAUGGAUGUCCGCCUCCGGGUUCAACUGCUGAACCCGAUCAUCGGCGCGCAGAUCGACCUCCCUGGCUUCGUCUUGCUCUCCGAGCACACCCACCCCAUCCGCGACACUGCAGGGCGCCUAAUCGGCUUCAGGAUGCCGACGAUACCAGUGGACGAAGAAGAGCUACAGGUACGGCGGUGCCCUACAAACGGUUAUAACCUUACCCAUUUGUGUCUAGAACAGCAUCACCUCAAAGCAAUCCUAUCUGCUGAUCCGUCGCUCGGAGAUGGCUACACCGUCGCGCUCAUCCAAUAUCCUUCCGGGAGAAUCUUUUUCAUCAGCUCCGGCGACGAGAAAUGGUUGGAAUUACAUUGCUCCAUUUCAAUUGAAAAUAUGGUCUUCCAUAAAGGCAAACUAUAUGUGAGCACACUUUCGGUAGUGUAUUUUUGUGACUUGGACGAGGCCCGAAUUCGACAUGGCGAGAUUCCCAGAUUUAGAGUGGUCGAUCGAUCUCGACAUCUCGCGAUGCCCAGAUUUGGAGUGGUCGAUCGAGCUCAACAUCUUACCAAACUACACUACUUGUUCGAGACUCCUCGAGGGGAUCUUUUGAGUAUUUGGAAGGAGAGAAAUGAAACGAAGACCAUCUCUGUCGAGGUUUACAGGGUGAUGAUAGAUGAUGAUGAUGAGGAGGAGGAGCGAGUAGGAAAAGGGAUUGACAUGCUAGAGUUUAUUUUGUCCUUUGGCAACAGCGAAAGCAUGGCGGUGGUGGAUAAGCAAUUGUCGAUGCUAAGAGAAGAAGCCAAGGACUUGGGAGACUUGAGCGUCUUCUUGGGCGGCCGCCACCCAUUUUGCCUUUCUCCUCGUGAUUUUCCUGCAGGACAUUUGACACCUAAUUCUAUAUAUUUCAUGGAUGAUCACUACGAUAUAAUAGAUAUUCGAGGAGAAACAGAGUUGGACGCCUACUAUCGGCUCAUGUUUGAAGAUCUAGUAAAUUUGCAACAGUUUUCUGCCCCCAUUCGGUCUGUCUACCUUCUGCCAUUAAUGUUUAUGGAAAGAAAUUGGCUCAGAAAAAUUCUGAAUUGUCGCAUUGACAACAAGACUUUUGUCCGAUUAUAUUGGCAGCCUCCCUCAACCUCCUUCCAUUAA